GACAUCACAUCCGGUCACCGUGAAUUUGGUGACGUAAUUUCCGUCAUGGUGCAGCCUGCUCGACACAAUGGAUACUCGGCUCAGGGAGAGGCUUGAGGUCCCCACCUGACGGAUCCGACCUCUUUUCCUUAUAGGCGUUCCCUCUGUGUCUUACUGUUCCUGGGAGUUAUGGUCGGUUCGAGCCGCGGUUCUCGUUCGUGAUAAUCCCUCACUGAUGCUCUCCACCACAGACCAGGAGAACGCGGGGUCUUCCACAGAAGUGGAAGAGAUCGGAAUGGACCGAGAAGCCGCCAGUUCCAUGGACCUCUCCGAGAUCCUGAAGGAAGGAACAAAGGAGUCUCAUGAUCGUGCAGAGAACACUCGAUUUGUGAAAGAGUUCCUGAAAGGCAAGAUUCGGCGAGAACUGUUUGAGUUGGGCACGGUUGCCCUCUACUUCACCUACUCGGCGCUGGAGGAAGAAAUGGAUAAAAAUGCAGACCAUCCUGGCUUUGCUCCCCUUUAUUUCCCGCUUGAACUGCACCGCAAGGAUGCUCUGGCCAAGGACUUGGAGUACUUCUAUGGGAAAGACUGGCAGGAUCAGAUCAGGUGUUCAGAGGCCACAGCAAGCUACGUAGAGCGGAUCCAUCAUGUGGGGAAGCAUGAGCCUGAGUUGCUGGUGGCACAUGCCUAUACUCGCUACAUGGGUGACCUGUCAGGAGGUCAGGUGUUGAAAAAAGUGGCGCAGAGAGCACUGCAUUUGCCCAGCACUGGAGAGGGUGUGCAAUUCUACACUUUUGACAACAUUUCCAAUCCUGCUCGAUUCAAGGAGCUGUAUCGAUCCCGGUUGAACACUUUGGAGACCACUAUGGAGAUCAGGGAGAAGAUUGUUGAGGAAGCCAACCGAGCCUUUCGCUUCAACAUGGAGGUUUUUGAAGAAUUGGAUAAGUUUGGAAAAACUCUGGGGGAAGUCAAUCAGGAAUCUGGGGUCCCUCUCCAUGAUGGAAAAGGCGAUGUCCGGAAGUGCCCAUUCUAUGCUGCAAAAGGUGAUGGUGAAAUGGGGUGUCCACUGCACUCUAUCAUGGCUGUGGUGCAGAGCUGUCCUUUCCAGCUGAUAGUAGCUGCUGUCCUGGCACUUUCUGCUGGUUGGUAUCUGCUGUGACAUUUACAGCCAUUACCGUGGACUGGCAACAAAAGUAAUGCAAACCUUUCCCAAUUGAGACAUCCCAUCUUUACUGAUUGAAAUGUGGUCGAGUUCUAGCAGGACUAGCCAUGAGUCCAGACCCUCAACACCAUCCAAUUCCUCUCCCUUUGCAGCAUAUGGCUACGGACAUAUAGGCCCAUUAACUCAGCUCAACGUUUUGCUGACUUGUGUUUAACUAGUGUUCAGGUAUGGACCACUGUAUACUGGUAGUGGUGGAGCAAGAUGUAAAUAUAGCUGACUCAAAAUGCGGAAUCUCGCUUGUGAUAACCGUCCUGAAUUGUUCACAGUAGUCUUCACUACCACUUCUAGCAGCUGUUUUCAGAGAAAGUAAGUUUUUCUAAUUUACUCUGAAUGAAGACAGUUGAUUUAAAAACCUCAGACAGAUAACGUUCCACUAUGCCCGUCAGAACAGUGACCUCAACAAAAUGGAGAAUUGUUGGAAAACUCCCAUGUUUCUAGCUCGGCAGUCACCUUGUGGAUCCAGGCCCUAUCUCAUUUCCUAUGUAUUGCCUGGUUGAGAUGCAAUUAAAUGUAAAAUUUCACUUUCUUUAAUUUAAUGAUUGGACUUGAAUAAUUUCAGUAAGUGUGUGCCAUUGUAUUUAUGCACUUGAUUAUUAAAUGUUGUAAUCAGUCACUGGCUAAAUUUCCUCAUUUACACUAAAUACACUUCACAGAAAUUACAGCUUGUUUAGUCCGGUGGUUAGUUUCUAUUUCUUUCAUUUGUUUAUCUAACUUCCCAUUAAACGUAUCUAUGCUAUUUUUCUCUGCUGUCAAGCUCCAUGUUCUCUACACUUUCUUCUGACUUCCUCAGUGGAUCUAAAAGUACAAAAUCUUUACUAGGUACCAACUUUUAUUAAACUACAGGUACAAUGAGGAUAGCUGUUGUUUGAUUAUGUUCCAUACAGCAGCUAAGGUUCUAAAUAAAAGUGUUCACUAUCAAAAAGGAAAGUUAGAGGACUAGGACUCUAGAUAUCAAAUACAAUAACUACUCUCUCAACAUCCGAAAGGACUUGCACCAUGAUGCAAACCCUUUCACGAUAUUAAAUUCUUGUCAGGUCACCUUGAAUCCUUCAGUGUUUGUCACUUUGCAACGUAUGACAAAACCUCUAUCUUAUACUGCAUCCCAGGACAGCAGCUGUUUCUUUCUUGGCAGAACUCCCAGUGGAACAUGAUGGACUAACUUCAUUCCAAAGGGUCAUAACUGAAACCUUCAUGAUCGGAAUGUUUCACUGUUCUGCAUCAUCACAGGACCUAAUUUUUUUUUGGGGGGGGGAGGGGGGGAAAGAGUGGGGAAGAAGACACAGUUACACACCACAAAGAACGAUGGAUCUGGAGUUAGUUUGGAUAACCACAUCAUAAGACCGACUGCAAAGCCUAUCUGCAAAGACACAAAUACUCCAAGCAGCUAAAAGAACAUAUAACCAACUAAAGAAAAUAACUAACAAAUUCCUCCUAAUUUUAAGCAAGCAAACAAACUCCAGGAAUGAUUUGUUAUUUCAAGAUUUAUCACAGUACAUAAGUGGACUAAACACCUAAUUUUCAGAACAAUAAUUUUAUGUUGUCCGAAACAUUGAUCACAUUGUAACAGCUGUAAUUAAAUAUUGUAUCUGUCACUAUAUUUACAUGGCCAUUGACACUGUACAGAAUUAAUCAGAACUACAAAAUAAAAUGUAAAGGCUUUCUUAUUGGAAAA